AUGGUCUACCAGCCGCGACUAUCCCCGUUAACCGCCAGCCUUGAUGUGUCAUCACCUUCUUUUCGUAGUGAAGAAAGCAGUAACAAUCAAGAUUGGCUACGUAGAAGACAAAUAGGAAAUUAUCAAGACGAGUCUUCAUCACUCGUCGAUUCUUUUCAAUCUCCGUUUCAAGCGCGUCAAAUUUCUUCACAACCUCAGCCAACGCGUUUUACAUCAUUCCCCCUAGAACAACAAACUCAAUCAAAUAUCGCCUCAACUCCGAAGGAUGAUUUUUUAACCCGUACAAAGGCAACUUCUCAGCCGCAGAAGCAGACUCCUUUUCUCGUUCAGACACCACAACAAUCAGUAAUACGUGAAAAUGAGACCACUCUGACGCCUUCGACCUUAAAGCCCCCCAAUGUUCCAGUAUUACAGACGUCCACGCCGCAACAGAGUUUAAAUACAUUUCAGAGAUUACCUUCCCAAGGAUUUUUAACGGCGCACUCGCCCAUAACACAAAAUUCUCAAGCAUUUAAUAAUUCAUUCAGAAUUGCAAGUCAGAGUUCAACAGCUUACAUCAAUGAUCCUGGUAAAUCAGUGUAUUCCCCUGAACUGUCUGGACGUCCAAUAGGGCAGACUGAUUCAACUACAAAGCCGAAGCAAGCCGAAUCAGCACUGGUACAAACCACACCACAUCCCAAACCGAGACAGCAACAAACGUCUUCCAACCGCCCCAAGGGUUCUCCAAUUUCUUUCAUAAUUCGUGAACUUAUGAUCCAACAAGAAUUACCACGGAACAAAUACCAGGAUCUCGUGAAUAAUAACACCAAAUUAUUGUUAUACUAUCUUUGUAUCAUGUGUUUUAUAUUUUUUUUACCAUCCUUAAAAUUUCAUCGUGAAUUUGUUGAAACAACACUAGUGAAACAUUACCGUAUGAACUUAACAUCUAAAUUAAUAUACGGAGCAGAAAUUUUGGUUUUCUUAUAUUUUGCAUAUCAUCUGUGUAAAUUGGCAUACAUUAACUACCUUUGGAAACAGGAAGACACCAGGAUAAAUAUCAUAAGGGAAAAAAUAGAAAAAGAAUUGGCAGAAAGUGAGGAAGCACCAGUAACUAAUACACCAACCAGUAUCCCUGCCAACUAUCCCAAUGGAACAGGAAUCACGACUUCAACCACACCAAACUCUUCAUUUGUCCCUAAUGCCUGGUUCCCGGAUGGUACUCCCGUUCCGGUUCAAGUUCCAGUUUCUAGAUAUCGAAUAGCACCAUACGUGACUCCAACAAAAUUCAGUGAACGACUGGUUAACGUUAAGGGCGUUCCGGCGUUAUUGCCUCCAGACCCUGACCCCGACGAAGGAAUUGAAUAUUAA